GUCCAAGUAUACCACAUCCACCGCCCCCCCCCUGUCCAAGUAUACCACGUCCACCGCCCCCCUCUGGCCAAGUAUACCACGUCCACAGCCACAUCUCUGUCCAAGUAUACCACGUCCACCACCCCCCUCUGUCCAAGUAUUCCAUGUCCCACCGCCCCCCCCCUCUGUCCAAGUAUACCACGUCCACAGCCACAUCUCUGUCCAAGUUUACCACAUCUACCUCCGCCCCUCUGUCCAAGUAUACCACGUCCACAGCCACAU